GCAGUAGGUCCGGCCCUCCCCGAGGCGGGGCUUUGAAAGCUUGAGGCCAGAUCUGGUCCGAGAGGCCGCCGAGACCCCCAGGUUCCCCGACCACCAGUUCCGGGAGUGCCAUGGGACAGCUGAUAGCCAAACUGAUGCGAAUCUUUGGGAGCCAGGAGCACAAAGUCAUCAUCGUGGGACUGGACAAUGCAGGAAAGACCACCAUUCUCUACCAGUUCCUGACUAAUGAGGCCGUUCACACGUGUUCAACCAUUGGUAGCAACGUGGAAGAAAUUGUUCUUCAGAAGACUCACUUCCUCAUGUGGGACUUAGGGGGCCAGGAGACUCUGCGCUCCACCUGGGACACAUACUACUCCAAUGCUGAGUUUGUCAUCCUUGUGAUCGAUAGCACAGACCGGAAUCGGCUGCUGACCACCCGGGAGGAGCUGUAUAAGAUGCUGGCCCAUGAGGCUGCCAGCUGGGCUCCAGUGGAUGAAAUCUCAGGCCACCACCAAGUGAUGUUCCAGCCUGAAGCCAACCAGAAAACCACACGGUUAGCACCGGUGCGAAAAACCAGUCGUUUGCUGGUGGAAACAGAGUGGACAGAGAGACUGCCCCUGUCCUCUCAACUGUCGCUAAGGAGCUGGACCAAAGACUUCAAGUUGGGACAGACAGGGCCACGGAGGAAACUGCCCCUCACUGAGGAGACACAGGGAACCUGCUGAGUGUGUUGGGGGACCCCCUCCCAGCCCUCACCUUCUGUCCGCCCGAAAGCAAGAGAUCUUUGACAUUGGGCCCUAUCCAUUAGACAACAGAGAUUCCAAUAAAGGAGGCAACAGGACCGGGCCAAAAGUUGGGGGAUGGGGUGAGAUGGAGAGGUGGAGGAUGGGAGGACAGAACAUUCCAGACAGAGGCAAUCCUUCACACUUCCCGCUCGCCUUUCUGCUCCCUCUUGGAUGCUAACUCCGACCACAGCUUUUGGGUCUAAGUCAUCACGUGGUAGCUCCUUCCCUCUCAGUGUCCUUCCGGUGUGAGUCCCACUCCUCUCAAAUGCCAAAGGUUUCUACAGGACCUACUUAUUUUGUCUUUGUGCCAUGCUUAAAAAACAAAACACAACGCAUUGCAUUAAGAUUUAAAAAGUAAAGGUAUAUAGU